UAAGGAUCAACAAAAACAAUCUAAAGCAAUGUAUAAUGAAGGGCAUGCUCCGUAUGUACCUUGACCUAUCCUUAAACCCCCAAAACAAGGGAGCUAUCAAACAUUCUGUAGUAAGAUAUUAUUAAGGAUACGUUUCUUGAUAUCCUUCAUAUGCACUUAAAUAGAAAAAUAAAGGGUACUGACCAACAAUUGAAAUUAAGUGUGAAUCUCGCCUGCCGUUUAUGACAAGAACGUUUGGCCUGCAGACAGCUAGACGUCAUCGUUUUACUGUUGUUGUGGCGCCAGACCGGUGAAGCUACGAAUGAGUCAGCGAAGAAAUGGCCGUUCCUGCUGUCCCAACCUUGCAACUGAACAACACAGUAAGUCAAAACUCCGCAGAACGUAACAUCCAUAUUGACGAAAGAGAAUUGGGGAACAUCACGAACAACGAUGGAAACGGCACCCUCCCAUUACAUUCUCCGUGGACUUUUUGGCUUGAUAGAUCUUUACCAGGAACAACCGCAGCAGAAUGUGAAUCCGGUCUGAAAAAAAUCUACACUGUGCAAACAGUUCAGAGCUUUUGGAGCGUGUACAACAAUAUACCUGGAGUUUCCAGUUUACCACUGAGAUGUAGCUAUCACUUAAUGAGAGGAGAGAGAAGACCACUCUGGGAAGAAGAGAGUAAUGCAAAGGGGGGAGUUUGGAAAAUGAAAGUACCCAAAGAAAGCACUCCUGCUGUAUGGAAGGAGUUACUGUUAGCCACUAUUGGGGAGCAAUUCACUGAUUACUGUGCUUCAGAGGAUGAGGUGGUUGGUGUUAGUGUCAGCAUACGAGACAGAGAAGAUGUUGUUCAAAUCUGGAAUGGAAUUGCCUCUUUUGCUAACGAAGCAAACGUCCUUGGACGGAUCUAUGAACUUCUUCCACAGAUAACUUUUAAGGCAGUAUUUUAUAAGCCACAUGAGGAGCAUCAUGCCUUCGAAGGAGGUCGCCCAAGACAUUAGCACGCUUUGCACAUUUUACACUUUGUUAUUUUUGGUCUUCGAAAUGGACUGAAUUGUCCCCUAAUCUGAGCUCUACUGUCUUUUGUAAAUGUGUUAUACAAUUACUUCUGUUUGGGCAGACAGAAAAUAUAAUAGCUGGGGCUUCAUUUUAGGAUGACUAAUAAACAUGUUCUUUAGUGUUUGUUUUUUAUACUAAGAUAUUUAGCUAAAACUGAAGAGGACAAUAGUUGAUCAUGUAUACAUAUUUCUUUUUACCACAUUUGAUCUCAACAGUGCAAUUUUACCAGAGCCUUUUAUUUGUUAUCACGGUUUCCAGAUCUCAGAAUAUAUUUUCAGUAUGUAAGGGAUUUUACAUUGUUACCUUAUUCUAGAAUGAAUGAAUGAAGAGUAUUUUCCUCAAGACAGUAAUAUUCAUAUGGUUUUAUGCAAAAAUGUUGCACAUUCUCAAUGUUUAUUUGUUUGGUAUUUUUUGUUGUUUUUUGGGGUUAGGGGAAAGAAAGCUGUUAACUGUUACUUGUUGUUAGAUUUGUAAAGUGACACCAACUUUUGUACAAAAUCAGAAAAUGGUACUGGGAAAAAAUAAUGCAGUAGUUUACCCAGAGUGUUUUUGUAAUAGCGGUGGAUCAUUGAACAAACGCACUCAAUAUUGUUUUUUCCGAAAUGCACAAGCCUUUUCAUUUUUACUAUAAUAAACAGCAUCUCUAUUACUGUUUCUUCAGUUCACUGAUGCUGAUUUCUAAGUUGUGCACGUGUUUAUUAUAAGCUCCACGAAAGGGAUUUAAUCAAGAAAUAUUACAUUUCUAUCAUGAAUAUUAUUCUCAUUAAAGUCCUACAAACUUUAAAAGAAACCCUUCUUAAAAUAAAAAAACUGUAUGCUGUAUAAACCGUGCUUUGAGUUGAAUGAGUACUUCUCUUUACCAAAGACCUUUCUAACCCUUAGUUGUGUGAGAGUGCAUGUUCCCUGCCGAGCUUUUUCGUUUUGUAAUCUUGUAAUUGUUAUCAGAUGCCAUCUCUGUAGUUGAUCAAUGUCCUUCACUGUGACUCAGGUCAUCCAUGUUCAAACACUAUGAUUGAUUAGUCUCCUAGAGAGAAACAAAUAAUCUUACAGACUGUAUGGCUGGGUAUUGUUGCUGUUUUUAAUGAAAGUAUUUGUUUUAGUAAGAUGAGAUCUCAACUGAGUCUCUGGAAUGGUGCCUUGUGUUCCCCUAGUUUUUUUUAAAUGUUGUUUAUUUUCAACAUAUUGAACCAGUCAAAAUGUAAAAUAAAUAUUUUUGCUGAUUUUGAAAUAUGAAGAAAUAAAAAUGCAAAACAUGUA